AUGAUCGAGAGACUAUCUUUUUUUGGUGAUGAACCUCAUGCAAAAGAACCCACAAUCAACGCGGUGGACCCCCUUGGUGUUAAAAAAGUCCAUUCUAAAGUGUCCCCAAAGAUGAAUGAAAAUGAAGAUAGGAUUCAACCAAGCCUUGAGCAGACAGAUAAAUCGACUGGUAUUGCUAAUGAUCACGAUAAUAGCGUUGACGAAAACAGGAAAAGCGCAAAAGGCGAGGUUGCUAUUAGCGCGGAGGAUGAUGGUUGGACGACCCCAGACAAUUCGCUCUCUGAGUGGGAAGACAACGCCUUGGAGGGCACGGUAGAUAGUUCCCAUGAGGGCGAUGUGAAACUUGAGGACUACGAUAGUUUUGAAAAUGAACCAAAGCUCACUUCAAAUAAUGAGGAUUUGGGUGAUUUUAGAGAGGAUUCUGAGGAGGGUUUACCAGAGGAAGAUUAUUCUGCUGAGCUGGAGAGUUCGGAAACAGGGGAGGCGACAUUGAAAGAGGAGGAUACAGUCAUGAAGUCGGAUACAAAGAAACGUAAAGUGUUAUCCAAAAAAGAUCGAAAAUUAAAUGAUAUUUCUAAAAAGAAAAAAAUAUCCACAAAAGAACGCAAAAAGAGAGUUGGGAAAGAUGAGACAAAGAUGUCAGAAGAAGAUGAUGCGAAUAAUGCUACGAUCGACACAGAUGACAUCAACCGCGAGGAAAUCAAUAAAAAUAUCGGGUCCUCAGAUAUAGAAGAUCCCGUGAUUUCAAAUGUGACAGACUUGAAACUAAAUACGUCUUCUAAUGAGGAUGUACCUUUGGUGGAUUCGUUGAAAACAACCGCGGAGGUUGCUAUGGAAGUUGCGGAGGGUGCAGGCAGCGCGACUUCCACUGCGGAUACAUCUCCUUCCUCUUCCGAGGAGCCUAUAGCCGAAAACGUGCCCGUGUCCCUCACGCAGCUGCUUACGACGCCUCCAUUAAAGUUUGACAACGAGGUGAUCGCAAACAAAUUUGACGGUACCGCGUUGGAGCUAUUCCGACCAUCCACUGAGGUGCCGUGGAAUAUCAAAAUGGCAUUCGUUGGCAGCGAUGUUUUGCUCUCGAAGUUACCGCAGGUGGCGAACGAAAAGAAAGAUCAUCCCUAUCUAAAAUACCUUGGCGUGAUGCCUGACGGCAACGUACGGUGUGCGGUCGAAUCGAUGAACGGGACAGACUUACUGAUGGCUAGCAAGCUAGAAAAGGUGAAACUGAUGGAAACGGUGAAGAAGUGUACGAAGUUGUCCAUGGUUCUGAAAGUAUUACGCUAG